AUGGAAAUGGUUUUUGAAAUUGGUAAAGAAAUUGUUACAAAGAGUGUUCAACUUCUAGGAUUAAUUACUAAAAAUCUUUUUCAAGAUGUUUCCAGAGAGAAGAAUGUGAAUAUUGCAGGAGAACUUUGGAACUGA